UCAAAAACCUCUUAUAUCUUCCACCUUUCAUUUUCCAUCUCUUUCUGCUACUUCUUCAUUAGCUUCGAUGCCCACAUCUGGGCUCUCAUCACCGGCGUCCUCAUCAUCUCCGGGGAGUUCUUCUCCAUGUAUUCCCAGCGUUCAGAUUGUCUCCAAGUCGGCGUCGGACAGGCUUCUCGGCAAGUUCUUUGAUGCGUCGCAGUUCGAUUUUGUUUACGAGCAAAGCGGUCUCUGGUCGCCUCCGGUUCAGCGAAGGGCGUUCUUGACGUCGUCGGAAAACUGCGGCUCCGGCGGUGAAAUGCUUGCGAAGCUCAAAAGUAAUGUGAAGAAGGCGCAGCUGUGGAGGCGCUUUUUCUGUUUCUAUGCCUUUUGGGGCUACACAUGAGAAGAAGAAAUUGCAGAUGGGCAGACUGUAACUCUUUUACUCAUACCCACCCAACAGUCAAAAAGAUUGUGGUCAAAGGAUAGAGCAGCCUUCAAAUACGUAGAUUUAUACGAAAAUACAAGGAUUUAUACGGACACCCACAUGGUGAAAUGUGAUAACAUGCAGCUUUGGCACGUACUUUUAAGUGGGUAUAUACAAACUGCAUGCAGAUUUGCAGAGAGGCUGACAGUAUGAUCAAAAGGCUCUGUUCAUUCUUCAAAUUUGUGUCUUGGGUUGUCUGUCUGUGGUGUUGUAUGUUCUGAUGUGUUGUGGUGGCCGUUGUAGAAUUUGAAUUGGUCUGCCCCUUUUCUCGCUUUUGGAGGAUUAAAGCUGUGGAAUAUGGCAUGGAGUGUGGUUUGGAGAUGCUUUGGAUGCCUUUUGUUUCUUUUCUUGUUUUGUCAAAGGGAAUGGAU